AUGGCUGCACAAUACAAUCCUGGAGUAGCAGUACUAAGCAAUGUCUCUCUGAAACUUUUGCCAGGACAGAAAAUCGGUAUCUACGGGCGUACUGGGAGUCGAAAGAGCUCUUUACUAUCAUCAUUAUUGGGCAUGCUCACCCUGAUCCGCGGGUCAAUUGUUAUCGACGACAUUGACCUCACUACUGUCUCCCCUGAUAUAGUCCGCGAAAGACUUGUCACUGUCUCCCAAAAGCCAUUCAUCAUGAUUGGCUGUACAGUCAGAUUCAAUCUAGAUCCCACCGGAAUCCUCCCGGAUGGAGAGAAAUCAUCGCGGCUCUCGACCGAGUUGGGAUCUGGGACGGCGUACUACUCGAAAGAGGUGGGCUAG